CCAAUUUGUCGCGAACCGGCUUUUAGAAAAUGUAGAAAAUUUUGAACUUUCAUCCGCGCACGACCGAUUCAUAUAUUUCAAGAUGCCAGGGCUGUCAUAAUAAUAUGUAAAAGUAUAUACGACGAUUAUAAAAUAGAACAGAUGCUGUAAAUUUAGAUGCUGGCUAGUAAGCUAAUUUUUAUUUCGCACAAUGAUUGCCAGCGACAUACAAGGCUCCUUAAAGGAAGCUCUAUAUGAAACAUUAACAGAAAUUUUAUCACCGCAUUAUGAAACUCGUAAAGCAGCGGAACAGAGAAUUCAAGCUUUAGAAGUGACGGAGGAAUAUGGAAUACACUUGACAGAAUUUGUCAUUGAUCCCAAUGGGCAUUUACCUAUCAGACAGUUGGCUUCCGUUUUAUUGAAGCAAUAUGUUGAAACACAUUGGUGUUCAUUGGCUGAUAAGUUCCGUCCACCAGAGCUUAACAAUACUGCUAAAAAGAGGAUUAAAGAGUUAUUACCCUUAGGACUUCGAGAAUCUAUUAGUAAGGUACGAACUGCAGUGGCUUAUGCAAUAUCCGGUAUAGCACAUUGGGAUUGGCCUGAAAAUUGGCCUGCCUUGUUUGAUGUGCUUGUCAGCUGUUUAAGAGAGGAGAGCGAAUAUGCUGUUCAUGGAGCAAUGAGAGUCUUGACAGAAUUUAGUCGAGAUGUUACAGACACUCAGCUGCCUAAUGUAGGACCUAUUAUUCUUCAAGAGAUGUACAGGAUAUUUCAAAGUGAAAAUUAUUCGAUUAGAACGCGUGGUCGUGCGGUUGAGAUUUUCAUAACUAUUACAACUUUGGCUGCUAAUAUGGGAAUGCAUGAAAAAGGAUUUACGGAGCAGUAUCUGCAGCCAAUCAUUCCUAUGUUUUGUGAAAAGUUUGUUGAGUGCCUCAGAGUGCCUAACAGCCCAACUAGUGACAGUGGAUUCAAAACAGAUAUUAUUAAAGCCAUAAAUUGUCUUGUCACAAAGUUGCCCAAAUAUGUAUCGCAUCUUUUACCUGAAAUGCUGCCACCCAUAUGGGAAACUUUAUGUCAAAGUGCAAAAACUUAUCAAGAAACGACGGUCAAUGCCGAUGAAGACAUCAAUGAUAAAGAAGUUGAUUCUGAUGGUGAAGUAAUCAAUUUUAACAGUUUGAUUAUUGCAAUAUUUGAAUUUGUCCAGAAUAUCGUGGAACGCAAGAGGUUUAUAAAUAUGUUAGAUAAUAUGCUACCAGAAAUAAUAUAUUAUCUAAUAAUAUUUAUGCAAAUAACAUUCGACCAGAUUCAACAAUGGACAACUAAUCCGAAUCAAUUUGUCGAGGAAGACGAAUGCAUGUUUGAUUAUAAUGUCCGUAUUUCCGCACAAGAAUUUUUAACAACUCUUAUAAAUAAUUUUGAGGAAAAAGCAGUACAUGCGCUUUGCGAUGUAAUUACACGACAUAUUGAAGCAACAAAGGCACUACAAGCCGGUAACGGUGAUGGCAGCAAUAGCAACGAAAGUUGGUGGAAAUUACGAGAAUCGUCUCUUCUAGCAUUGAGCUUAUCUAAGAAUAACGUUGUUGAACAGCAGCAGGCUGGAAUGUUACAGUUCGAUAUUAUCAGAUUUCUAGACACAGUUGUUUUGGGAAUGUUAAAUGACUCAGAAUCGCCACCGUUACUUCUCGGUCGCUGCUUAUGUCUCGGCGGACGAUACGCCAAGAUAAUGCCGCCAGAAGUGAGUUCUCGAUUUUUGGAAGCGACGGUCAAUGGCUUACAGGAAAAUCAACCACCUUGUAUACGCAUCAGUGCUGUUAAAGCAAUCUAUUGGUUUAGCGAAGCGUCAGUUGAGAAAGAUUCCAUCAUCAACAUAAUAGGCUGCCAUAUGCUCAAUAUAUUUCAAGGAUUAUUCAGUCUAGUUAGUCAACCGAACACGGAUGUUCUAAUCUUGGUCAUGGAGACGUUUCAAAUACUAGUCUGGCAACAUAGAGAAUUUACAGCAUCAGUGGAAAACAAGAUUUGUCCUUUGACAAUCGCAGUGUUUGUAAAGUUUCACAGUGACCCGACCAUCCUAGAUAUAUGCCAGAACAUAUUCAAGGACUUGACGCAAAAUCCAAGCUGCAUCGAGCCACUGCAAACUCGUAUAAUACCUACGCUCACGAGCAUGAUGGCGAUAACUCCUAUGAAUAAAUCAAAGGAUGAGGGAUCUCGAGCAGUAGCAUUGGACGUGUUAAAAGUUCUUGUACAAUAUUCACCGACACCUCUGAGUAACGCUUUGGUCGAGACCGCUUUUCCGGCUGCUUGUCACUGCGUUCUCAAUUCGGAGGAUCACGCGACGCUGCAGAAUGGUGGAGAACUCAUACGCAGCUAUUUAUGCGUGGCGGCGGAACAAGUCAUCGUGCAUCGAGACAGCGAAGGACAAACUGGAUUGCAGUACAUAUUGGAAAUAAUCGCUCAACUUCUAAAUCCACAGUCGAGCGAAUUUACUGCCACUUUUGUCGGACGUUUGGUCACGACGCUGAUUAAAAACGUUGGGAACAAUCUGGGCGAAAAUCUUGAUCUAUUAUUGAAAGCGGUGUUGAGCAAGAUGCAAAGCGCUGAAACGUUGAUCGUUAUGCAGAGCCUAUUGAUGAUUUACGCGCAUCUCAUAAAUACGCAGUUUGAUGCUGUGUUGAACUUCCUAUCGACUGUGCCAGGUCCGACCGGACAAAGCGCAUUAGCAUUCGUACUGUCUGAAUGGGUCAGCAGACAGCGUCUGUUUCUCGGUAGGUACGAGCGCAAAGUCGCGACGGUCGCAUUGUGCAAGAUUCUCGAAUACGGAGUCACUCACGGAGAUAGCAGAUUGGACGAGAUUACAGUCAAGGGGGACAUGAUUAUUUCAGGAAUUGAAGAUGGUGUGAGGACCAGAAGUAAAGCUGAAUCGCAACCUUACGAAUGGACUUCGAUGCCUGUACUUGUAAAGAUUUUUAAAGUAAUAAUCAAUGAAUUGGCAAAUGAUAUCGAAAUUAUUAACGCCACUCAAGAUACGGAAAACUCUGAUGAUGAGGAUGAAGACGAAGACGAUGAUGAAUUGAUAGAUCCUGGAAAUGAGACUGAGAACAUUUUACAAUUUGGGGGUACGGAUGAAGAUAAUGACGAUGAAGAGGAUCCGGAAUUAUUGCGAGAUUCUAUUUACCAUUUGAAUCUCGGUCAAUAUCUGCGCGAUUUCCUGUUGAAUUUCUCCACUCAUCAUUGCUUCCGCAUGUAUAUCCAACACCUGAAUGUGCCAGAACUAAAAGUUUUGAAUAAUAUAAAUAUCAAUGCGCUUAUGUAAUAGGAAAAUGAUCGGAACAAUUUUUGAAUUUCAUAAUAAACGAUCUUUUCUAUA